UAGUGGAAACUGGAAAGAGUGGCAAUCAGAAAUUAGCUGCGCAAAAGAGAAGGAGAAAAUGUUGAAAUUCUUGUCAAAGGUGAAAAUCGAAUUCAAUGCCUUAGACCCACGUAUAGCUUCAUGUAUGGAGUUUUUAGCUCAAUGUAAUGCUCCUAAAGCCAAAGAAUCAAACCCAAGUUGUCAAGUACAGGUCAAGCGCCGCACAGAUGACCACCCACCUCAAAUUACUGUCACAUUCGUUAAUGGAGUCGAGCAAUCCUAUGAUGCCACGUCGACACCGGCACAGAAUAUAAGGACUAUGAUUCUUGAAAAGGGACAGUAUCUUGAGACUGAACAGAUGUUUCGUGAAGCUGGUGAGAAAUGGCCUGUUAUUAUUCCUGAUCAUGAGCUCAAACAACCAUUUCUUGGAAUAAAGCCAAAGAAAGCAGAAGAGAAGAAGCAGUAAUCACAGCCCGUCACACCAAGCUUGUUAUUGGGGCAUUUUUUUCAGCGUUAGAUCAACUACAUGACAUUACAGAGUUCUAAACCACAGAAAUGGAUCUUUAAAUAGGGGGAAAGCUAGCUUUUCUUGUUGGAUGUAUGUUAACAAGAAUAUUAGAUUUGUUCUAGAUCAUAAAUUUGCCGUCCAUUGUGUUGUGAGACUUUGAGAUGCCUUCCCAAUCCCCAUUUCAUUUACCCUUUAUCCCUGCAAAAGAAUAAUCCUUCCUUCCUAAAGAUUUGAUUUCAUA